AUGAGCAGCGAUGAGGACCAAAGGAACUUGGCGAUCAAGGUUGUCGCAGCCCUAUUUAUGUCGAUAGCAUGUGUGGCUGUGAUACUACGAUGCUAUGUCCGCGGCUGGGUAGUGAAGGCAUUUGGAUGGGAUGACGGUGCUAUGGUGAUGGCCAUGUUCUGGUAUAUAUUCUUCUCUGGGUCUAUGAUUGGCGCAGGGUUGCAUGGCAAUGGGCGGCACUGGUAUAGCCUCGAGCCGGAGGAGCGAGUGACCGCCAUGGAGUACUGGUGGUUCUGCGAAAUUGCUUUCUGCUUCGCAUCUAUCUUUUGCAAGAUCUCAAUUUGCAUUUUCCUAAUGCGAAUCUGCAUCAAGCGAGUCCAUCUAUGGCUUCUCUAUUCUGUCAUGACCAUGACGGUCCUUGCUGGCCUGGUGUUCAUGUUCCUGAUGCUCUUGCAAUGCAAGCCACUUUCCUUCUUCUGGACUCGGAUGGCCCAUCACCCAGUCGUCAACAUCCAAGGCGAAGGCUCCUGUAUCAACAUGGAAAUCAUUGUUGCCAUGACAUAUGUUUACAGUGCGUUUGCCGCAAUGUGCGACUUUACUGUUGGUAUUCUACCAAUCUUCGUUGUGCACAAAUUACAUAUGAAACGCCAGACGAAACUGGCUGUAGUCGGAAUUUUGAGCAUGGCUUGCAUUGCAUCCUCCGCCGUGAUUGUUCGUAUACCGUUUGUGAAAACGUUUGAUGAUUUGGACGACUUUUUGUAUGCUACCGUUCAGAUUGCCUACUGGUCAAACUUGGAAGUGGGCCUCGGUAUUACUGCUGGCAGUCUCGCAACCCUCCGUCCGCUUCUGCGCCACUGGCUCGGUACACACGCAGAUCCAUCAUAUUCCGCUGGUUUCCCAAAAGAAUCUUUUGGGCGUCCAACUGCCGCGAGUAGGCAGCGACCGAUACCAUUAGGCUCGAUGGGAGCGAAUGAGCGAAGCGAGUUAAGACCCGAUAAACUGGCUGUCAUGGUGACAAAUAUCGAGACCCAAAGAGAUUUGGAUGGUUCUUGGCCACACUCAUCCAGCCCGAGUGAUAGCGUGGAAAGGUUGACUGUACAACAACAAACAUUGCCAGGAAAAAUGGAAGUUGGUAUCCGGCAGACAUUUGAAGUUACACAAACUACUGAUGAUGGCUUUUACGGCGAAGGAUCCCAUUGGACAGCGAGAGAGCAUGUAUGA